AUGUCCUAUACACGUUCAACCCGAAAGGUGACCCCGUUAGUGGAAUCAGGAGCUGUUCCGGCAUUCAAGGACCCCUACUUGGACGCACCAGACGACUUUGUGCUGCGCUGGGCUCGCCUGGCCCUCUCCUGCACCGCCAUGCCUGCAGCCUCCCGGCCCUCCAUGCAUAAAGUGUUGGGGAAGCUGCGGAAGCUGAAGCAGGAGGCGUUCGGAGAACAUGUGGGUGAGGCCAUAUCUCGAAAUGACAUUGAAACUGGGAGUUCUAAUGAGACUGCCGACCUCACUGCAGAACUGGCCCGUGCAGCGAGUGUGGGGACGUCUACAUGA